AUCAAUGAUCCCAUAACUAUUGUUGCUUGCUUCUCGUUGUCCAACUCAUUCCUCCAACUACCUGCAACGAUCAAUUGGACUCUUUCAAAUCCUUAAAAUCCAUCUUUCCAACUCGUGAAGAUGUCAUAUGCUUGCUGCAAGUCUGGCUUCAAAUGGGACGGAAAGCCCGUGGGUCACGAGGGCACACUCGACAAGAACAAGGCCUACAUCACUGGCUCCAACAAAGACGUUGCGAUCUUGCUCAUUCACGAUGUGUUUGGCUGGACAUUUCCUAAUCUUCGUAUCUUAGCAGACCACUUCGCUGAAGAAGCCAAUGCUACCGUAUAUCUUCCAGACUUCUUUGAUGGAGAGGUCCUCGACCCCGACCUCUUGACGGAUGCGUACACGACAGGAGAUCCCGAGAAGAUGAGGCAGCUCGAUAUGCCGUCUUUCACCGGUCGACAUUCGAAGAAAAUCCGAGGGCCCGAGAUCUUCGCCUGCGCUAAAGCCUUGAAGGCGCAAUACAAGAAAAUCGGCGCUGUAGGCUAUUGCUACGGUGGAUGGGCAUCCUUCCAACUUGGAGCAAAAGGCAAUAAUCUCGUUGAUGCCGUGUCGGUUGCACAUCCAUCGCAGGUGACAACUAAAGAAGUUGAUGCGCUGGGUGUGCCAACCCAGAUUUUGGCUCCAGAGUUUGACCAGCAAUUGACGCCAGAGCUGAAGGAGUAUUGCAAUAGAAUCAUCCCGGGUCUAGGAAUACCAUAUCGAUAUGAUUACUACCCAGGCCUAGUGCAUGGAUUUGCGGCAAAAGGUGAUCCCAACAACCCAAAGCAGAAGGAGGGAUUGGAGAGAGCUAAGAAUGCUACCGUGUCUUGGUUCAAUCAAUUCUUGCAUUAGACUAGAGUUGAACUCAAGAACGAUGCUCGAGAGUGUAUCAGAUUACUGCAAAUGGCGCAGAUAGACUUGAAAUAAUCUCCUGCUCUCAAAUUCUUUCAAUCAGGUGAUAUCGAACUGACAGAAGAAGCUUCAGACUAGCAGCAUUAAUUC